ACCUUCCAGUAUUCCCACCCUCAGUACCCACAGGAAGUAGUGGUCACGACUGCUUUAGCCACCCUGCCGCCGCGGUGCAUUCUGGGAGUAGUUACUUGAUCCAAGAUGGCGGCGAGCAGGAGGCUGCAGAAGGAACUUGAUGAGCUGCACAAUUCUGGAAUGAAGAAUUUCCGUAACAUCCAUGUUGAUGAAGCAAACAUUUUGAAUUGGCAAGGGCUUAUUGUUCCCGACAACCCCCCGUACGACAAAGGAGCGUUCAGGAUCGAGAUCAACUUCCCUGCCGAGUACCCCUUCAAGCCCCCCAAGAUCACCUUCAAAACCAAGAUCUACCACCCCAAUAUUGACGAGAAGGGCCAGGUGUGUCUGCCGGUGAUCAGCGCAGAGAACUGGAAGCCAGCUACCAAAACUGACCAAGUAAUUCAGUCCCUGAUCGCCCUGGUGAACGACCCCCAGCCAGAACACCCCCUGAGGGCCGACCUAGCAGAGGAAUACUCAAAGGACCGUAAAAAAUUCUUUAAGAACGCAGAAGAGUUUACAAAGAAACAUGCCGAAAAGCGACCAGUGGACUAAUGCUUGACAAGUGUGUACCCCUUCCUCUCCCAACCCCCCCCCUCCCCCCCCCCGCCUCCCCCCACUCCCGCCCCUCCCCCCACCCCCCCACCCUCCCGCACACACUCACGUACACGUCAUUCUAGCCCGUCACACCCCCCGAGCAGGGCCCGUCGCGCACACCUCCACCUUCAAGCAAGACUGGAUCAGAAAAGUCUCGUCUCUGGUGUUAGCUUGAGGCCGUUACUAACUUUCUACUGUUUUCUUAAAUUUCAAAAAGAGACGAAUGGUUAGAGAACAACCUGUUAAGAUGGGGAAACAAACAGUAGAAAAAACAUUCUGCUCUUUGUUUAAAGAUCGCAGCUUGAUAAUAGUGCACUUGUGAUGUAGACAUUUUUGACUGUUUGAAAGCGAGAUUCCGUGCCCUUUGGGAAGGAAGCUGUUAUCCAUCCCCAUCUUCAGUCUCACCUUUGUGUCCCUUUCCAAACGACAGCCCUUAAGAGCAGCAAGCGGCAUGGUCCUGGUGGUGUCUAAAAUGUUUCAUAGAUAUUUUUACUUUGAUUUCUGAUUCUGAAGUGGCACUGUGUUCUGUGGAACGACCGUUUUAAGUUUCCCUAAAAUUCAGUUUGUAACACACUGAUUCAUCAAAAGAAUGCAGCCUUUUCACCGAUAUUGUUACAAAUUACAAUGUCCCAAAAAUUAUAAAAAAGGAGGAAAAAAAAAAUGGUGUGUGACUGAACAUAAUUAUGUUUUUAAAAUUUCUUUUUAUUUUUGUGGAUUGUCACUUUCUCCUGGAAUUUCAAGGAAGCAAAUGUUUAUUUUCUUUGUUUUGCCUUGGCCACCAUCACCCAAAGCUAGAAAACCUCACCAGUUGUGUUCUUAACAUGAGGCAUUAAUUUUCAAAAACUUUUACUUUGAAAGCAACUACAUUUCAGCAGGGAAAUUAAUUAGAUUGACCCCUCUUCUGUUUUGUAGCUCGUGACCUAGCUGUAGAGAAGUCUGGUCAGGAUUUACAUUUAUAUUUUUUACUUCUAAAAAUGCAGCUUAAAUAAUUGCUCUAAACAGCAGUACGCAUGCUUGACCUGUACCCCCAUGCAUCAUUGACAUUAGAGAUUCUGCUCAGCAGUAAAGUAUCUGAAAUCAGCGUCACUAGCUUUGUGACAGAGCAGUUGUAUAUGUAAUGGUUAAGCAGUUUAAUUUAUUUUCUCCUCCAUGUCCAUAGUGUAUUUAUUGAAUCAGGAUGCAUGUGAAGGAUCUUAAAUCUGCUUUCUUUAA